AUUAAAGGUCCAGUGAUGUUUUGGAGGUUUUGUAGCUUUAUCAUUAGGAUGAGUAAGUAGCUGGCCAUGGUUCAGACUCUGUCUUGUGAUGAGAGAGAGAGAGAGAGAGAGAGAGAGAGAGAGAGAGAGAGAGAGACACACACACACACACACACACACACACACACACACACACAGUUAGUUCAACACUAUUAGCUGGUUCAGUGCUAUGCGCUCUUGGGUGCGCUCAGGCACAGAUAUGGCACCGUGCGCGUUCAGAGAUAUUUUCCUCUCUGCGUUUGAUUACAAGACAGAAAAAUACGUCAUCGCCAAAAACAAGAAAGUCGGCGUCCUCUAUCGACUCAUACAGCUCUCAAUUAUCGGUUAUAUCAUCGGGUGGGUGUUUGUUAUUAAGAAAGGCUAUCAGGAGACCGAAGAAGCUUUGGAGAGUUCAGUCAUUACUAAAGUCAAAGGGGUUGUGCUCACCAACACAACUGGUUUUGGACCCUGGCUUUGGGGGCCUGAAGAUUAUGUCAUACCACAACAGGGUGAAGCUGUGCUCUUCAUCACCACAAAUUUUAUCACAACCCCAAACCAGAAAUUAGGAUACUGUGCUGAGAGCAAUAAGGUGCCCGAUGGUCAAUGCCAAAGGAAUGAAGACUGCCCAGAAGGAGACAGUGUCAUAGCUGGCCAUGGAAUUAAGACGGGACGCUGCUUAAAGAAAGACAGGAACUCUACAGGAACCUGUGAAAUAUACGGCUGGUGCCCCAUUGAACGGUGCAGACUACCAGAUGUGCCCUUGUUAGGAAAAGCUGAAAACUUCACCAUAUACAUAAAGAAUUUCAUCAGAUUCCCUCUGUUUGACUUCUCAAAGUCAAAUGUUUUGGACACAGCAGAUAACACGUAUCUGAAGAAGUGUUUAUACGAUGAGCUUGCUCAUCCUUACUGCCCCAUAUUUCGACUCAGUGAUAUAGUCCGGAGAACUGGACAUGAUUUUCAGGAAAUGGCCGUACUGGGAGGAGCAAUAGGAAUCCUAAUAGAGUGGCACUGUGACCUGGAUAAAGGUUACUCAGCAUGCAACCCGAGCUACAGUUUCACUCGCCUGGAUGUGAACACCAAUGCCAUUGCAUCAGGGUACAACUUCAGAUAUGCAAAAUAUUUCCAUAAUGCUGAUGGAAAGAUGGACAGGACCCUUUUUAAGGUGUUUGGGAUUCGCUUCGACAUCCUGGUUCAUGGCAAAGCUGGAAAGUUCAACAUAAUUCCUACAAUUAUAAAUAUAGGCUCGGGGCUUGCGUUGAUGGGUGCUGGGGCGUUUUUCUGUGACAUGGUCCUCCUCUACAUGAUGAAGAAAAGCACCCUGUACAGAGAAAGGAAAUUUGAAACUGAUAAGAAUGGAAAUAACAACAGAGAAAAUACAGACGUGUCAGAGGAGGCUGUGAAAAAGCCUUCAGAGCUGGAACAUCUCAAAGAUUCAACAUCUGAUGAACACACACCAGGAAUAAGAGAUUUACCCAAAGGACAAACAGACAACUCAAGUGCCUGAUAAAUCAUACUGCUCACUGAACAUAAAAUGUGACUUUUUUUUAAUGGACAACAGCUUUAAUCCUGACUUUAUUCCAUCCAGAAUGCAUCAUUUCCACGGAGCACCGUUGCUCCAUGGAACCAGCAGUGCUUACAGCCACUUUAAGGACUUCUGUGAUCACUAUGUAAAAUGAUUAGCCAUGCAAUAACAUACUUACUUGAAGAUGGAAGCAAUGACACCUCAUGUGCACUUUAAUACUAACCUUUGGUGUUUAUUCUGGUUAUUUAUGACUCCUGCGCCGACACUGAAAAUGCACUGUGGAAUGUACCAAAUGUAUCACUAUAUUCAUAUCAACAUAUGAAUCAUGAGCAUAUGAAUUGUGACUCAGUGAAAACGGAACAUAUGAAUUGUGACUCAUUGAAUACUGAACAUAUGAAUCGUGACUCAGUGAAAACUGAACAUAUGAAUCGUGACUCAGUGAAAACUGAACAUAUGAAUCGUGACUCAGUGAAUACUGAACAUAUGAAUCGUGACUCAGUGAAUACUGAACAUAUGAAUUGUGACUCAGUGAAAACGGAACAUAUGAAUUGUGACUCAUUGAAUACUGAACAUAUGAAUCGUGACUCAGUGAAAACUGAACAUAUGAAUCGUGACUCAAUAAACACUGAACAUAUGAAUCGUGACUCAGUGAAAACUAAACAUAUGAAUCGUGACUCAGUGAAAACUGAACAUAUGAAUCGUGACUCAGUGAAUACUGAACAUAUGAAUCGUGACUCAGUGAAUACUGAACAUAUGAAUCGUGACUCAGUGAAUACUGAACAUAUGAAUUGUGACUCAGUGAAUACUGAACAUAUGAAUCGUGACUCAGUAAACACUGAACAUAUGAAUCGUGACUCAGUGAAAACUAAACAUAUGAAUCGUGACUCAGUGAAUACUGAACAUAUGAAUUGUGACUCAGUGAAUACUGAACAUAUGAAUCGUGACUCAGUGAAUACUGAACAUAUGAAUUGUGACUCAGUGAAUACUAAACAUAUGAAUCGUGACUCAGUGAAUACUGAACAUAUGAAUCGUGACUCAGUGAAUACUGAACAUAUGAAUUGUGACUCAGUGAAUACUGAA